AUGCAGAGCAGUCUCCUCUUGAUGAAGCUCUUGCGGGUUCCUCAUCGUUCCAUUCAUCUUCUUCUGGACAUCAACCACAAAGCAAUCGAGGAUAUGGAAAAGCGUCUAUGUGAGCUUCGACGGGUAUUUGUUGCAAAAGAGGAGAAGAAGAUUGUCUUCGGGGAUGGCAAGAAUUGGAAAGAUGUCGAAGCAGACGAAGCGACCUUCGACAAGCGCGAUAUCUCCAACGAGUUGGACUUCAAGCAUCUCAUGAAGAACAAGAACACUACCAUCAUGUGGGAGCAAUGGGCUGGGUGUAUUCAGAGUGGACAUCCACAGUCAUUGGUUUUGCAGAGACUUACUCCCAAGGUCACCGUGACGAGAGCCCCCGGCCCAGGAGCUAUCCGUCGUGUAGAGUGGAAACAAAUCGGCACGAAGCUGUUGAAAGAUCGUAACGUUGUGUUACAUACCGAUUCAGCAAAGUCAUACAAACUCGUCAUACCCGGAGUCAUUCAUGAUCGCGUGGUCCAUUGCCGCAAGCGCGUUAAGCAGAACGGGAAGUACACCUGGAUGCAUCCUAAGUACGUUUCCAUUGUGAAGCACACCCUGCCGAAGAGCAAGAAGAUUUUGUCUAGGAAAUCGGGCACUCAAGUGAUUGACAGAUGUUGGCGGUUUUUGCAAGACCGUAUCCAGAUCAACCAGCACAGCAAAGCUGGUUCGCAUUUGCUUCGGGCUAAGCUUAGAGCAGCGCAAUAUGAAUAUUGGUACCGCAACACAGACUUGUGGCUCAAGUGCAGUGAAUUGUGUGCCGACCACAUGAAACUGUUUAUGUAA